GCUGUUCUUCCUAAUUGGAUCAAGCGCAGACUUGCCCGACUCUGUGCUCAGUGUUCGCAGUGUGAGAGGAUCGAGACAGCAGACACAGCGAGAGACAGAACGUGUGUGUUGGUGUGAUGAUAAGGAGAGGGAGAAAGAGGAGGGGUGAAAGCAGGGGUGUGUGUCAUCCUCUACUCAAGCUUGCGUGCGGUUCUGUGCUCAAGUCUUUCCAAGAGUAGGUGCUUUGAUCGGACAUGCACCUGCUGCCGCUUUCGGAUGAUUCAGCCGUUUUCUGCAGAGCAUGAACCGCAGCCCAGGCGCUCCAGCCCUGCCCCCAGGUGAGUGCAGCGCUCUCUGAGGCGGGAUCCACCCUCGGGCGGCCUCCGGAGCAUAUGCCUUAUUUAUAGACUGGCUGCCUGUGUUUUUCUUCCUGCUCUGUGAGAACGAACCCGGGCGACAGAAAUCAGAGCCACGGAAGUCUUCCUCUUUAGUAACGAGGUUAGUCGGUUGAGCAUCGUGUACAGUCCCUUCCCCCUCGCUGCUGAUCUGAUAAUGGAAAGAAGACUUUACGAGGCAGCAUGCCUGCCGCAGCAUUAGAGGAGUCCUGUGCAGCUGCUUCUGAGCGACCGAACCAGGGGCGGAGAUGAAGUCGGAAGCGGCGGAGGACAUCUCUGCCGGACUUGCAUCUCAAGAGGCUCCUUCGGAUGCCUUGUCUGAGGUGGCCACGAAAGAGACGCCCGAGGAAGUGGAGGAGGACGUGGCGGGGGGCAGCGACGGCUCAGAGAGUGGUCCUCUGGGAUGCAUGCCUUUGCCUGUGGCUGCAUGCUGCGUGUGCCUCGAUCUGGAGCGGGUGAGUAGCUGCAUCCGCUCUGAAAAAAUCUGCAUCUUGCCCAUCCUGGCCUGCUUGCUAAGUCUUGCCCUCUGCACCGCCGGCCUCAAGUGGGUCUUUGUGGACAAGAUCUUCGAAUACGAGCCGCCGACCCACCUUGAUCUCAAGCGCAUCGGACAGGAUCCUAUAAUCAAUUCAGACUUCACUCAGAACUCCACAUCAGUCUCACCUUCCACCCCGUCGACUCCGUCUGUCCCAGGACAGCCCAAGGUCUUUGUGGAAGGGGAGUCCACGGGCAGACCCUUUGAGCCGCCCUCAUCGAAGGUGCCCGUUUUUACGCCCACUGCAGCAGUGACUGUCCACACAAACUCUGUGUCUCCACCCAGCCCCAAGAGUACCUUCAAACCCCUCCAGAAUGGCACUGCAAACCAGUAUCCAUCUCAAACUCUGGAAUCUAACGAUAUUGUUCCAAAGACCUCGGCCACCAGCACCACUCCCUCAGCCAAGACCUCCAGUCAUGUGACGCGCUGCAGCGAGAGCGAGAGGAAUUACUGCGUGAACGGCGGCGAAUGCUUCACGCUGGAGGUCACACCCGGCAACAUCAGACGCCUCUGCAGGUGCCUUCCAGGAUACACAGGGAACCGCUGUCAAACCUCAGACCCUGUGAGAGUCGUAGACCCCAAACAAGCUGAGGAGCUCUAUCAGAAACGUGUUUUGACUAUAACAGGCAUCUGCAUCGCUCUUCUAGUUGUUGGCAUCAUGUGUGUGGUGGCUUACUGCAAAACAAAGAAACAGAGGAAGAAGUUGCAUGAUCGUUUGCGGCAGAGUUUACGAGAGCGAAACGCUGCGGCCAAAGGCCCUCAGCACCCCCACCCUCCACCCGAAAACCUGCAGCUGGUCAAUCAUUACAUGCCGAAAAAUAGCAUCCCUCCUCUUGUGCACGUGACGGACAAAGAAGUGGAAACAUCUCUCUCUACAAACGAGUUUACUUCAUCAACACAUCCGUCCACUGCUGUCUCUCACUCCUCCAGCCAGAGCUGGAGUAAUGGGAAAGCAGAGAGCGUGGUUUCUGACAGUCACGCAGUCCUGGUCAAGUCAUCGGUGGAGAACUGCCGGCAUGGUACGCCUGGUCACAGGGGGCGUCUGAAUGCUACAGGAGGAGUCCAUCAGCUCAACAAUCACCUGAAGAGCUCCAGAGGAGCCCAGGGCUCUUGCAGAGACUCCCCCUACAGCGAGAGGUAUGUUUCUGCCAUGACUACACCCAGCCGUCUGUCCCCCGUGGGGCUUCUCUCUCCGGCGACGCCCUCCUCGCCUCCCUCCGAGAUGUCGGCUCCUCUGUCCAGCCUGGCGACCUCCGUUCCAUCCAUGGCAGCGAGUCCCUCGGGGGAGGAGGAGCGACCCCUGCUGUUCCGGACCCCGCCGAUCCUGCGUGACAAAUCCGGUCUGAACCAGUCAGGCCAUAAUCUCCGCAACUCGGCUCACUACAAUCACGGCCUGGAGCUGCUCAGUCCUCCGGCCAGCCCUCUGCACACCAUGGAGCAGGAGGAGAGUUCACAGCAGUACCAAAGCACAGCCGCAGCGUCCGGCCCGAACAGCUCCAGAACUCAGCCGAGCGGCCAGACGGCGCUGGAAACGGUCAGCGGCAGUAACUCAGAGAGCAGCAGCUCGGAGAGCGAGACUGAGGAGGACACGCCGUUUCUGGGCUUACAGAGCCCUCUGGCCGCUGGAUCAGUUGUUGUGGACGGGCUGGAGGGCAGCAGAACUAACCCCGCGCUGCUCCUCUCACCGCAACACGACCUGCAGAGCAGACUGACGGCCAUCAUGGCCAACCAAGAUCCUAUAGCUGUGUGAAAGAUGCAUCGAAGAAAAAAAUCACCACUAAACCUUUAUUUUCUAUAAUUAAGUAUAGCAAAAAGAAAAACGUCA